GCAGCCCCCGCUCGCGUUUCCAGCCCGGCGUUUGCGCGCGCGCCGGCGAUCGAAGCCACGGGCUCCGCCAGCCACGGCCCGGACUCCAGCGGGAAGAGAAGCGUGCGCUCGGUGUCAGAGCGCGCCGGACGUGCCCGCGCCGAACGACGACGCACGGCGAAUGGAGGAGCGGCCCGUGCGAAGCAUACCGUAAGGAGAGGCAACGCCGUCGUCUCAUCGACUUGCUGGCCGAUCGCUCGAAGAGGGGAGAGGGUGUGCUGUUCGUUGCGGUGGGGGAGGAGGCGGUGUAUAAGAUUCCUGAGGGAGCAGCACCCGUUGCUCCCUUUUUUUUCUUUACUCCUUUUACGGGCGAGGAGCAAGCCUGGCUGACUCGGCGGCGGCGUGAAAGUGCGUGUCGGUGUCCGGCGGCUUUUCUUUCUUUUUUCUUUUUUUUUACCCUUCUCUGGUGCCGGUGUGUUUGUCGGCGUUGCGACACGGCGGAACGCAGCUAGGCCUAACCAGCCAUGGGGGACGCCGAAGGGUCGUCCGAACAGGACGACGUGUCAUUCCUCCGCACGGAUGACAUGGUGUGUCUCCAGUGCACGGCCACCGGAACCCGAGUGUGCCUUGCCGCGGAAGGUUUCGGCAACCGACACUGCUACCUCGAAAACAUCGCCGACAAGAACUUUCCCCCGGAGAUGCUGUCAUGCGUGCUGGUACUGGAACAGGCGCUGUCGGUGCGGGCCCUCCAGGAGAUGGUCACGGCUGCAAACUCGGACACGGGGAAAGGAACGCAGUCGGGCCACAGAACUCUGCUGUACGGUCAUGCCGUGCUCUUGAGGCACCAGAAUAGCAACAUGUACCUGGCUUGCCUUUCGAGCAGCUCAUACAACGACAAGCUUGCCUUCGAUGUCGGCUUACAAGAUCACUGUCAAGGUGAGGCGUGCUGGUGGACCAUUCACCCGGCCUCCAAGCAGAGGUCCGAAGGAGAGAAGGUCCGCGUCGGAGACGACCUCAUCCUCGUCAGCGUAGCCACCGAACGAUACCUGCACACGGCCAAAGAAGGCGACGACACGAUCGUGAACGCCAGCUUUCAUCUCACACAUUGGUCAGUGGCGCCAUUCGGAACGGGCACCAGCAGAACGAAGAACGUUGGUUAUGUAUUCGGCGGUGAAGUGCUAAGGUUUUUCCAUGGAGGAGACGAGUGCCUCACCAUACCGCCCAACUGGAGUCAGGAGGCCGGUCAAAACAUCAUUGUGUACGAAGGCGGUGCCGUCCUGAAUCAAGCUCGUUCUCUAUGGAGGCUCGAGCUAGUGCGAACAAAGUGGGCGGGUGGCUUCGUCAACUGGGGCUACCCACUCCGCAUCCAUCACAUCACGACGGGCCAAUACUUGGCCUUCGGCGAUAACCGAGAGGUUUGCCUCGUGCCCCGAGAGCGCGCCACCGUCGCGGCCACGGCGUUCUGUCUCAGGCAGACCAAGGACGACAAGAAGAUCGUUCUGGACGAGAAAGAGGAAGAGGUUCUUGGAUCACCCCUUAUCAAAUAUGGCGAUACUACGGUGUUUCUGCAGCAUCUUGAGACGGGACUCUGGCUAUCGUACAAGACGUAUGAAACUAAGAAGCGAGGAGUUGGAAAAGUGGAGGAAAAACAGGCCAUCAUGUCCGAAGAAGGCAAGAUGGACGACGGCCUAGAGUUCAGCCGCGCCCAGGUGGAGGAAUCCCGCACUGCGCGCGUCAUCCGAAAGUGCGGAUCGCUCUUCAACAAGUUCAUCGUAAACUUGGACGCCAUGCAAAGCGGUGCCGGUCGGCAGGAGUCUGCCAUGAGCACCAUCGACCAGGACGAGAUGAUCAUGUGCUUCGAGGACCUCAUAAACUACUUCGUCCAGCCGGAAGACGACAUCGAGCACGAAGAAAAGCAGAAUAAGCUGAAGGCUCUCAGGAACAGGCAAGAUUUAUUUCAAGAAGAGGGCAUCCUGAACCUCAUCCUGGAAACGAUAGAUAAAAUCAACGCAAUCACGACGUCCGGAUACCUGGUGUCCAUGGGAGGAGAGGACGCCGGUCAGAGCUGGGACACGAUAUCAGGCUUUCUGUACCAGCUGCUAGCUGCCAUCAUCAAGGGAAACCACACCAAUUGCGCUCAGUUCGCCCAGCCUCAUAGACUAGACUGGUUAUUCAGCCGACUGAGCAGUCAACAAGCCUCCGAAGGAACAGGCAUGUUGGAUGUAUUGCAUUGUGUGCUGAUUGACAGCCCUGAAGCUCUCAAUAUUCUCAAAGAAGAUCACAUCAAAGUCAUCAUCUCUCUUCUUGAAAAGCAUGGACGUGAUCCUAAGGUGCUGGACGUACUGUGCUCCCUCUGCGUCACGGGCAAAGGUGUGGCCGUGCGGAGCAGCCAGAACAACAUUUGCGACAACCUGCUGCCCGGGAAGAACCUUCUGCUGCAGACGCGUCUCGUCGAUCACGUGGCCAGCAUGCAGCCCAACAUCUUCGUUGGCAAGGUCGAGGGGGCGGCGCUGUUCAGGCGCUGGUACUACGAGGCCAUGGUGGACCACUGCGAGCAAGUGAGCCACCUGGAUCCCCACUUGCGAAUCGGCUGGGCCAACACGGCCGGCUACGUGCCCUACCCAGGUGGAGGGUCCAAGUGGGGCGGAAACGGACUCGGAGACGACCUGUACUCCUUCGGUUUCGACGGUGCUUGCCUCUGGACCGGGGGUCGCAGCAACACUGUAAGGUCGUCUUCGCCCCCCUACAUUCGAAAGGGUGACGUCAUUGGCUGCAUCAUCGACCUGAACGUGCCGGUGAUCAGUUUCACGGUGAACGGAAUCAAGGUGAAGGGCUGCUUCAGAAGCUUCAACACCGAUGGCAUGUUUUACCCGGCGAUCAGCUUCUCGGCGAAAGUGAGCUGUCGAUUCCUGCUCGGCGGAGACCAGGGCAAGCUACGGUAUGGCCCUCCCGAUGGCCACUCGGCUUUGGUCGAGGCCCUGCUGCCGCAGCAGGUGCUGACCGUCGAGCCGUGCUUCCAGUUCGGCGACGUGCCCAAGGGAGUCCUGUUCGGGCCGGCGCCCAUUGCUGACGACGCCGUUUUCGUGCCGUCACCCGUAGACACAUCCAACAUUACCCUUCCCAACUACAUCGAGUCCGUCCGUGACAAGCUCGCUGAAAAUGUCCACGAAGUGUGGGCAAUGAACAAGAUUGACAUCGGGUGGAGAUACGGAGAGGUGAGAGACGAUGCCAGAAAGUUCCACCCGUGCCUGACAUCCUUCGAGCACUUACCGAUGGCAGAAAAGAAGUACGACACCACACUAGCUCUUCAAACCCUCAAGACCAUCCUUGCCCUGGGCUACCACAUCACGGUAGACAAGCCGCCCGCGCGUAUAAAGACCGUCAAACUCCCUAACGACCCGUACCUCCAACCCAACGGCUACAAACCGGCUCCAUUGGAUCUGGGCGCGAUCACGUUGACUGCCAAGAUGGAGGAGCUGGUAGACCAACUGUCUGAGAAUACGCACAAUGUCUGGGCCCAGGAGCGUAUUCAGCAGGGAUGGACGUACGGCCUGGUCGAAAAUCAGCCAACCAGGAGAAGUCCACACUUAGUGCCUUACAAAAGCGUCGACGACGUCAUCAAGAAAGCCAACAGGGAUACAGCCGGAGAGCUAGUCAAGACACUUCUGGCCUAUGGCUAUGUCCUGGAGCCUCCAACCGCUGAAAGCCUCGAAGGAGUGCAAAGUAAAGUAGCAUCAGUGAAAUACGACCAACGAACAUACCGUGCGGAAGUAACUUACUCCGUUUCUGAAGGGAAGUGGUACUUCGAGUUCGAAGUGAUGACACUGGGUCCCAUGAAGGUCGGUUGGGCGAACGCCAGCAGCUUCCUGCCAUCUUGCGAGAUCGGUGGUGACCAUAACUCCUGGGCUUACGACGGUUUCCAGGCUAUCAAAUCCCACGGCGGGGGCACGGAAUCUUAUGGCAAGCAAUGGAUGAUCGGUGACGUCAUUGGAUGCAUGCUCGACCUACAUGACCGCACCAUCAGCUACUCUUUGAAUGGAGAAUUACUGCUUGACAACCUCGGUGGCGAAGCUGCCUUCUCGGACAUUCCUUGCGGUGAAGGCGCAUCUUACGUACCAGCAUGCACGUUUGGCAUAGGCCAGAAGGCGAAGCUGAUCUUUGGUCAUGACGUCAACCUGCUCCGGUUCUUCACCACCUGCGGCUUGCGAGGGUACCAGCCUUUCUGCGUCAACAUGAACCGGAACAUGACUUUCUGGUACAACAAGGAUGAACCGAUGUUUGUCAACGUGGACGAUGCUUUCUCGCCAAACGUCGAAGUUAACAGAAUACCGGCAGGAGGAGAAUGCCCACCCGCUCUGAAGAUCACGCACAAGUUGUUCGAGUCUGUGGAAAAGGUCAAUUACGAGUUCCUGAGACUCAGUUUGCCAGUUUGUUGCAACGAGAACUUGAUCGAGGAGCAGGAAAAAGAGCACCGGUGGGAAGAAGUGCGCCGCCGACAGCGGCGGGCGCAAGCCGAGAAGUCGAGCGUACGGCAUCCAGCCAACCUGGAGCACCACAUGCUGCGCAGCGGAUUCAGUAUGUCCGACGUCAAGGACCUGCAGCGUGGCUACUCCGACGAAGGCGGCGACACCGAGGAGCCGAUGCACAUGGAACACAGGCCCCCGACACCUCAGCAGCGGCGCCGAUCCAUGCUCAGUCCCCGCGGUACCACCGGCACCCUCACUAAGACGCAAUCGUUCGAUGCUGCCACCACCUUGCAGGUUCCUGACGGAUCCCGUCCGGACCCUAAGCGGCUGCGCGCAGCUUCGAGCGAGGAGGCGCUUAACCGGCUCGGCCAUAAGCCCAAGGCCGGUCAGCGAACCAAAGCGGUCACACCCGAACCUGAGAGCAAGUCCAAGCGUCGUGGCAAGUCCCCUUUCCGCUUCUUCCGAAAGAAGGAGGAGAAGGAGGAUGCCGCCGCAACCCAGGCCUCGGGACAGGCGCCCCCGUCCUCGAAGGGGGGUCAGCAGCAGAGCAUGUCCCCACCUCUGCUCACUGUGCGGCCUCCGUCCGUCCAUAGACUGUCGCCAGCUCCCAGCAACCAACUCCUGUGCCCACCUGUGCCCGAGAGACCCACCACGUUGUCUUCGCCGACGAGUUCCGGAAGCGGAACCGGAGGCGGCAAUUCCACCUUGCCCCGCAGCGGAAGCUUCCGCCGGCCCUCCAUCACGCCCGGCCCGCCGCCCCUGGCCACCGACGAGAGCGGUGACCACCUGGACACCUCGGUGUUGGAGCUGGUGGACGAAUACUUCUUCGGUCUCCGCGUGUUCCCGGGCCAGGACCCGAACCACGUGUACGUCGGCUGGGUCACGACCGCGUACAAGUUCUACGACCGCACCUUCGGAAACUCCAAGGUUCGCAAGGUAGCUUUCCACGGGCUCAGCGAGGAUGGUCUCGUCCACCACGUCCUGGAACGCCAGAACUGCUACAUGGUGUGUGCAGGGCAGUUGGCCGCUGAGAUUAGCCAGGGCGAAACAGCAGGCCGUUCCGCCAAUCAGGGAAUGUACGUCGGCUGCCACAUUGACGUCGCCACCGGCGUGAUCACGUUCAGCGCUGACGGACACAUGACGAGGCAGCGCUUCAGGAUGGAGCCGGGCACCAAGCUGUUCCCGGCGGUGUUUUUCGAGGCAACCAGCAAAGAGGUGCUGCAGUUCGAGCUGGGCCGUACGCCCACCACGCUGCCGCUGUCGGCCGCCCUGCUGCACACGACGAGCAAGCACCUGACGCCGCAGCUGCCUCCCAGGCUCAAGGUCCAGUGUCUGCAGCCGUAUGUGUGGGCCCGCGUGCCCAACGUGAACCUUCGCCCGCACGCCCUGCGGCUGUCCGAGGUGCGCGGCUGGAGUAUGCUGUGCGAAGACCCGCUCUCCAUGCUGGCCCUGCACAUACCCGAGGAACACCGCUGCAUCGACGUCCUCGAACUCAUCGAGAACGAGCGCCUGCUCAAUUUCCACGCGCACACCCUGUCUCUCUACGGUGCGCUGUGCUUCCAGGGCAACCACAGAGCGGCGCACAUGAUUUGCUCGCACGUGGACGAGAAGCAGCUCAUGUACGCCAUACAGAGCGAGUACCUCUCGGGACCGCUGCGAACGGGCUUCACCGACCUUCUUAUCUCUCUGCACCUGGAGUUCCACGCAUACGCCAGGAGCUUGACGCAGAACGAGUUCAUUGUGCCCCUUGGUCCGGACAUCCGAGCGCUGUACGAAGACUCGUACACGGCGCAUUCUUUCUGCACCCUGGAGUGCGUCUCCAUACGGCCAGAGAUGUCCUUCUCGGAGACAAGGGACAAAGUGGAGUCAAUCGCCGACCUCAGCACUCCUUACUUCCCUGUCGACACCCUCAAGCAGUUCGUCAUUGAAGCACUGGCCGACGCUGUGAAGAAGGACAGUCGCCCCAACCGUGACCCCAUCGGCGGUAGCAACGAGAACUUGUUCGUGCCCUUGCUCAAGCUCGCUGACAAGCUCCUUCUUGUUGGACUGAUGGACGACAACGACUUACAGUGGCUCCUCUACCUCCUCGACCCUGGUACCUUCCAUCCUGGUAAAGCGGGGAUUGGUGCUCCAGCUGCGGUGACCGGAAGUGACGGCGGUGGAGGCGGAAAUGGAGGCGUCCCCCUGGGCCUCAUCGACAUGCAGAUCGCCGAGGGCGUGAAACUGCAGGUGUGCCUGAUCUUGCAUCACCUGUGCGACCUGCAGCUCAGACACCGAGUGGAGGCCAUCGUUUGCUUCUCCGAUGACUACGUCGGAAACUUGCAGUCGGACCAACUGAGACGGUACAUCGAGAUCAAGCAGUCGGACCUGCCCUCAUCGGUAGCUGCCAAGAAGACCCGCGAGUUCCGCUGCACGCCCAAGGAGCAGAUGCGUGCCAUCCUCGGCUUCAAGAACUUGGAUGAGGAGAACAGCGACCAGUGCCCGUGUGGGGAAAACCUGCGUGAGGCACUGGGCUCCAUGCACGAGGACCUGGUGCAGCGGCUCAAGGCAGCCUCUGCGGCUCAUGAGGAGGCCACAGACGGCGAGGCUGAGAGCACGAGCACUCUGCGCCAAAAGUUCAUGUCCCUUGUGAACUUCGUGAAGUCACAGGAGGAGACUGGCGGAGAGGAGAAGGAGCACAUCAUAUUCCCGGAAGAGAUCUUCACACGCAAGGUAGUCCAGGUGGUGGUCAAUUGGGCAAAGCAGUCAGAGAUUGAGGACCGCGAGGUGGUGCGCCAGAUGUUCCGGCUGCUGCUGCGCAUAUACAACUCAGUCGGGGAGCUGAUGAACGCCCUGGAGAACACGUACGUCAUCAGCCACCGCAGUCAGUCUGACAUCAUCAGCGUACUCAGCCACCUCGGACGGGUGCGUGCCUUACUGCCGGUCCAGAUGUCACCCCUCGAAGAGGAAGUCAUGCGCAAGAGCCUCUGGGCCCUGGUGAACAACAGAAUCUUCUUCCAACAUCCAGACCUCAUCCGUGUACUGCGUGUGAAUGAAAAUGUUAUGGACGUCAUGAUCAACACUCUAGGAAAGCGGGCCCAAACACAGUCCUCAGGGCAGGCUCCUGCGGCUGCGUCUUCGCCUGCCUCACCAUCUGCACCCGAAGCCACACCAGCCGACAAGGACACGUCUCACGAGAUGGUCGUGUCUUGCUGCCGCUUCCUGUGCUACUUCUGCCGCACCAGUCGCCAGAACCAGAAGGCCAUGUUCGACCAUCUCGACUUCCUUCUUGAGAACAGCAACAUUCUGCUCUCACGCCCGUCGCUACGUGGUUCAACCCCGUUGGAUGUGGCAUACAGCUCCCUGAUGGAGAACUCGGAGCUGGCUCUUGCCCUGAGGGAGCAUAACUUGGAGAAGAUAGCGGCCUACAUGUCUCGAUGUGGCCUCCAGUCUAAUUUAGAGCUUGUGGACCGUGGAUACCCUGACGUUGGAUGGGACCCAGUAGAGGGAGAGCGCUACCUGGACUUCCUGCGCUUCUGUGUCUGGGUCAAUGGUGAGACAGUGGAAGAGAAUGCCAACUUGGUGAUCCGCCUCCUCAUUCGCCGGCCGGAGUGUCUGGGUCCAGCACUCCGGGGUGAAGGUCCAGGGCUGUUAGAUGCCAUCCGUGAGGCCGUCCGCAUGUCUGAACGCAUCGCUGCCGAACGUCAGCAGCAACAGCAACAGGGUGUGCAACAGGAGGAGCCUGGCGAGGACGACAUCGACAUGGGUGCGGCCAUCCUGAACUUCUACUGCACCCUGGUGGACCUGCUUGGUCGGUGUGCGCCGGAGGCAGCCACCAUCGCCCAGGGAAAGAAUGAGAGCAUCCGGGCACGCGCCAUCCUGCGCUCCCUCGUGCCCCUGGAUGACCUUCUAGGGGCACUCAGUCUACGUUUCACGCUUCAGAUACCCCGCAAGGGUGACACCACCCCAAAGAGUGAUCUGCCUGCUGGACUGCAGCCCAACCACAAGCAGUCCAUCGUAAUGUUCCUGGAACGAGUCUACGGACUGGAGACUCAGGAGACUUUCUUCCGCCUUCUUGAGGAUGGCUUCUUGCCUGAUCUCAGAGCAGCCACCAUGCUUGAUCGGACGGACAACACGGAGAGUGACAUGGCGCUAGCCCUGAACCGCUACAUUGGCAACUCGGUCCUGCCCAUGCUCAUCCAGUACCACCACUACUUCACCGAUGCCGAGAACUACGCCAGCUUGCUGGAUGCAACAUUGCACACUGUCUACCGACUCUCCAAGGUCAAGAUUCUCACCAAGGGGCAGCGUGAGAAGGUCUCCGACUUCCUCGUCGCCCUCACUAGGGAAAUGCAGCCGAGCAUGCUUCUCCGCCUUCUGCGGAAACUCACCGUGGACGUCUCAGUCAUCACGGAGUACACUGCCGUUGCCCUCAGGCUGCUGACUCUACACUAUGAGCGAUGCAAGAGCUACUACAGUGCCAGCGGCGGCCAGGGAGCUUACGGGACAGCGUCAGGCGAAGAGCGCCGACUCACCAUGCUACUCUUCACCAACAUAUUUGAUUCUCUCUCCAAGAUGGAGUAUGACCCAGAGCUGUUCAGCAAGGCACUGCCGUGCCUGACGGCCAUAGCUUGUUCACUGCCGCCCGACUACUCACUGACCGAGGGCCACGAGGAGGACUGGUCCAAGCAGAACACAGCAUCUGGUCCCUAUGUGCCUGAACCAGUGAACACUGCAGGAGUGCAGCUGAGCCAGGAUUUGAACAGCAUUGUGCAGCGCUUCUCAGAACACUUCCAUGAUGCCUGGGCAAUGCGAAAGCUGGAGCGAGGUUGGCAGUACGGAGAACGCUGGAAUGAUGAAGCCAAGACCCAUCCAAGGUUGAAGCCAUACAAUCUGCUGACUGACUAUGAAAAGGAACGCUACCGCGACCCCAUUCGAGAGCUCCUCAAGGCUCUCCUGGCAUUUGGUUGGAAGCUGGAGCUAAGCGACUCAUCACAGCGCUCAAACGCACCCAUUGCAGCUCAAGCCCAGACACCCAUGGCCUACAUGCCAACACCUGUGGAUAUGUCAACGUUGACCCUCAACAAAGAUAUGAUGACAAUGUCUGAGCGGUUGGCCGAGAACACACACGACAUCUGGGCCAAGAAAAUGAAGGAAGAGCUGGACGCUGUUGGUGGUGGCAUACAUGCACAGCUAGUGCCAUACGACCUGCUCACUGACCGGGAGAAGUACAAGAACCGAGACCGUGCGCAAGAGUUCCUCAAGUUUCUUCAGUAUGAGGGCUACCGCGUUUCAAGCAAGUCCCUACGUCGCCGUGAACGUGGAGGUGCCCCAAGCGAGGAGCCACAAGCCCCUGGGCAAGGCCAGACUCCAGGGCAGGAACGCCGCUUUGCCAGCUCCCUGCUGGAGAAACUGCUGCAGUACCUGGACAUGGCCGCGAUAAACCUCAAGGUUCUAAGGCCCAGCGUGCCCUUCAGCCGCCGGACAAGCUUCAAGACCUCCAGCCGGGACGUCAAGUUUUUCAGCAAGGUGGUGUUGCCAUUGAUGGAGAAGGUGUUUGUGGCUCAACGGGCAUUCUUCCUGAUGUCACCCACCGCCACUUCCACAGUUGGCACGGCCACCAUACGCGAGAAGGAGAUGGUCGCAAGUCUGUUCUGCAAGCUGGGCGGUCUGCUGAGAGCUAAAUUCAGCGUAUUUGGCAAUGAGUGCAAGUUAGCUGUCUCCUGCCUGCAGGUGCUCAUUCGUGCAACAGAUGCGAAGGCCAUAGUGAAGAACUGCCCAGACUUUGUAAAGACUUCAAUGUUGACUUACUUCAACAAUGCUGCCGACGACCUGGCCCAGACACUGGUAAACCUGGAGCAAGGCCGCUACAGUCACCUGCGCGGAACGACGAUGAAGACUUCGUCGUCACUCAACUACGUUCAACUCGUGUUGCUGCCUGCGCUCACAGCAUUGUUCGAUCACCUGGCCGCCAACGAGUUCGGCAGCGACCUGCUGCUGAGUGACAUCCAGGUGGCCUGCUACAAGAUCCUGAACAGCCUGUACACAUUAGGCACCAACCUGGAACUUCACAAUGGGAGGUCCUUUAUCAAGGCUGAGCUAGAACGCCAUCGACCAGCAUAUGGAAACUGUCUGGGUGCCUUUGCGGCCACCUUUCCUGUUGCCUUUCUGGAGCCUUCGCACAACAAGCACAACCCAUACUGCAUUCAUGGCAAAGCUCAAGAGCAUUCACUGGAAGCACAGGCCGUGAUGGCCACCCUAGAGUCGAGCAUGCCUACAUUAGAGGACCUCAUGGGGCAGGUUGAGAAGUUUGUGACCGGAAAUGGGAAAUAUACCGAGCAGCCAUUCAUCAUUGAUGUUAUGAUGCCUAUGCUUUGCAGCUACCUUCCCUUUUGGUGGAGUCAAGGCCCAGACAAUGUCAACCCCACGUCAGGAAACCACGUGACCAUGGUUACCAGUGACCAUCUGACUGGCCUUUUGAAAAACGUCUUGAAUCUUCUGCGCAAAACUGUCAACAUUGAGGGCUCUCCUUGGAUGAUAACCAUUGCAGGGCAUGCGGGUCAAAUUGUGAUAAACUCAUCCGAGGAACUUCUGCGGGACCCCAUCUUGCCACUGAUGGAAAAAGUCCGGCAGUGUGCGGACUCAGUAUUCCACAAGGAGGAGUGCAUGCGCAGCUACCUCAAGUCCAGCACUGAUGACACCUCCCAGGCUGAAAGCCAGCUCCAAGAGGAAUUCUCACUCCUUGUUCGGGACAUAUAUGCCUUCUUCCCUCUGCUCAUCAAGUAUGUGGAUCUUCAAAGAAACCACUGGCUCAAGAACAACGUGAAAGAAGCUGAACAAGUAUACACUUGUGUUGCCCAUGUGUUCAACACUUGGAACAAGUCUCAGUACUUCCGGCGAGAAGAAGCCAACUUCAUCUCCCAGCACGAGAUUGACAACAUGGCGCUCAUUAUGCCCUCGGGACGUGGACGAGCCAGCGUGCAAACCGUAGACGCUGGUCAAAGCCAGAAGAAGGAGAAGAAAAAGAAGCGAGAUGGCAAGCGAGACAAGGACAAAGAGCUGGCGGCCAGCCUGGUGGUGGCCUGCCUCAAGCGCCUCCUGCCCGUCGGCCUCAACCUGUUCGCCGGCCGAGAGCAGGAGCUCGUCCAGCAUGCCAAGGAGAAGUUCCUCAAUAAAUGCCAAGACUCGGACAUCUUUGAUUACGUCAAGCUGCAGCUCACUCUUCCUGAUAAGAUUGACCCGACGGAUGCAAUGAGCUGGCAACACUACCUGUACAGCAAGCUGGGCAGCCAACGAUCAACGCCAGUGGAGCCCAAUGCGGUGGUGCCCGUGGUCUCACAGGACAGGCUCGUUGAGCGCAUCAUUGAUAUGGCCAAGGUGCUUUACGGACUACAUGUGAUCGACCAUGCUCAGGGCUCGCUGAAGGGUGCCUAUCGCAGUGUAGUGUCCACACAGCGAAAGCGGGCCGUCAUUGCCUGCUUCCGAAUGACCUCGCUGCACAGUCUUCCCAGGCAUCGUGCAAUCAACAUAUUCUUAAACGUGUAUACUAGCCUCUGGCUUGAAGAGGAAAACGUUGGUCAAGAGCAGCUCAUUGACGACCUCACGACUACAUUUGAGGAGUCUGAGAAGGAGCAAUCUGCUGAGGAGACAGAGGAGGCACCUGACCCCCUGGUGCAGCUUGUUGUGGCCUUCUCAAGAACAGCCACGACUGAGCACAGUGGCGUCAAUCCCGAAGAUCCCCUGUACAUGCAGUACGCCUUCAUAUUUAGCCAGAGCUGUGGUGGUGCUGAAGAAGAGGAGGAGGAGGAGGAAGGCGAUGAAGAAUCGGGGCCCUCGAUUCAUGAGCAAGAGCUGGAGAAGCAACGGUUGCUGUUCCAACAGGCCCGUCUCGCUAGCCGAGGUGUUGCUGAAAUGGCACUUCUCUACAUAUCUGCCAGCAAGGGUUGCCAUGGCCCAAUGGUGAUUGAAACCUUGAAGCUUGGCAUUUCCCUUCUGAAAGGAGGCAACCAGGAAGUUCAAAUGCGCAUGCUGCAACACCUCAAGGAGAAGAAGGACGUUGGAUUCUUCACUUCCAUCGCUGGACUGAUGAACUUGUGCAGCGUGCUGGACCUGGACGCUUUCGAGCGCACCCAGAAAGCGGAGGGCCUGGGUGUUGGGGCAGAGGGGACGGCAGGCGAGAAGAACAUGCACGACGCUGACUUCACGUGUGCCUUGUUCCGCUUCCUGCAGCUCCUCUGUGAGGGCCACAACUUGGAAUUCCAGAACUACUUGAGAACGCAAGCUGGCAACACAACAACGGUGAACGUCGUUAUCAGCACUGUGGAUUAUUUGCUCAGGCUGCAGGAAUCGAUCAUGGAUUUUUACUGGCAUUAUUCAAGCAAAGAAAUUAUCGAUCAGCCGGGCCAAGACAACUUCUGCCGCGCCAUCACGGUGGCCAAGCAAGUGUUCAACACCCUUACCGAGUUCAUACAGGGUCCAUGCUCACUGAAUCAGCAGGCGUUGGCACACAGUCGUCUCUGGGACGCAGUGGGUGGCUUCCUUUUCCUUUUUGCCCACAUGCAAGACAAGCUGUCCAAGAACUCAAGUCAGCUAGAUCUCCUCAAUGAGUUGUUGCAACUGCAGCAAGAGAUGGUCAUCAUGAUGCUCAGUAUGCUUGAAGGUAACGUGAUGAACGGUACCAUUGGAAAGCAAAUGGUGGACACGCUGGUGGAAUCGGCCUCAAAUGUUGAGCUCAUUUUGAGGUUCUUCGACAUGUUCCUCAAGCUCAAGGAGCUCACAUCAUCAAGUUCAUUCCAGGAGAUCGACUCCAAGAACACGGGCUGGAUAACACCCAAGGACUUCCAGAAGGCCAUGGAGCAGCAGAAGAUUUACAACCCGGACGAAAUCGCUUUCCUUAUGAGCUGCUGCGAACCAAACAUGGAUGACCUGAUUGAUUAUCGCGAGUUCACGGAGAGGUUCCAUAACCCGGCCAAAGAUAUUGGAUUCAACUUGGCCGUGUUGUUAACAAAUCUUUCGGAGCACAUGCCAAAUGAUCCACGGUUGCAACGAUUCCUGGAAACUGCUAGCAGUGUGCUCAACUAUUUCGAGCAGUUUCUUGGUCGCAUCGAAAUUAUGGGUAGCAGCAAGAGGAUAGAGAGAGUCUACUUCGAGAUCAAAGAGUCCACAAUCGAUCAGUGGGAAAAGCCACAAAUUAAGGAGUCAAAGAGGGCCUUCUUCUACAGCAUUGUGACUGAAGGUGGUGACAAGGAGAAACUAGAGGCAUUCGUUAACUUCUGCGAGGAUGCCAUAUUUGAGAUGCAACAUGCGAGCAGCAUAUCAAAUGAAGACACCGAGGAGCCUCCAGCCAAGGCAGAUCCCUACACAUUCUUGGGAGCGGAGGAGGCGAGGCCACCGGGCCCGCUGGAGCCUCUCAAGCAGGGCCUGGGUCUUCUGCGCGACGGCAUUGGUGCGUUGCUCUCGGUGCUGCGGCCGUCCAACAUUCGGCGCCAGUACCAGAAGCUGCGCUCCAUGACCUUUGGCGAGAUCUUGCUGGGAAGCUUCAAGAUGUCCUUUUUCGGAUUCUUCUACAUCAUUUGGCUCAUCUUUGCCUUUACGAGGAGUGCAAUAAGCGUGACCCUGCGGCUAAUGGGUGGCCAGCCCCUGGUGGGCAGCGCGGUGCCCGAGGAAGACACCAGGGGACUCAAGUACGGUGGUGGGAUGGGUACACCGCUCGCUUUAGAGGCUGGACCCGCGGCUAUGGCCAUGGCAGCAGGCAUGGGAGCUGGCGGGGGACUGCCGGCCGAGGCGGACAUGGCCCCGCACAUGCGCGCCUUCGGCCUAGACAUCACCAAGACCGAGGAAGAUGGUGAAGUCAAGUACCACGUGCUACCUCCAAAGUCUACGCUGAGCCCCCAGUCGAGCAUGGAUGAUGCCGACCAGACCACCGACGAGGAGACCAGCAAGGGAUCGCCGCACGAGAAGGGCUCACCCGAUGGAGAGCUGCCAGGAUGGCCUUCCACCAGAUGCACAGACAACAGUCUUGGAUGGUGACGUCAAGACCAAGGAGGCUGGCCAAGCUACUAUGGAUGGGGAUGUUAAGCGUGCUGCAAUGCCAACACCAGAGAUGGCGGCCAUGAUGAUGGCACCCCAGAUGGCAGCGACGGAGCCACCCAAGCCAACCGAGGCGCCACCCGUUGCCGCCAUCGACUUAAGCGAGUACAGCCAAAAG